GAUCAGCCUCUCUCUCCUUUUUUUCCUUUUAUCUUUUGCUUUCCUUCUCUUUUCGCCAAGUUUCUAUCUUUUGCUUUGUUGCUGCUUUAUUCAAUUCUCAAACAUGCACUAGUGUCUCUUUUACCAGGUCAUCAUCUCCCUAGCUAUCUCAUAUUCGAUUUCCUCUAUAGGAGCAGUUAAUGUAUGUUUGAGAUCGAUUUAGAGAGGCGCAACUACAUCCCCAAACAUUCCACAUUAACCUUGCUUGCUCAGCCCGCCCUCAAAAUUUGUCCCUUCUCUAUAUUUUAUGUAAUAGCAAUAAUAAGAUAGAUAGAUAUUCUGGAGAUGUUGUCACAAUUGUGGUCGUUUCUAGGACUCCUCACAGUCCUCCAGAACGUUCUGCCUUCCCAGCUCCUCUCAGUCCUCCAUUCAUUCUAUCAGUCUCUCCAAGACAUGCUCAGCCCUUACUCCUAUCUCGACAUCCCUGAGUUCAACGGCUACUGCGGCGUCGACGUCAAUGACCUCUACCGCCACGUCAAACUCUACUUGAACUCGGUGAACCACCCGUCUGCUGCGUCCACCGCCAGCUGCCCCCGACUCACUCUCUCACGCUCCAACUCCUCCACACGCAUUUCCUUCACCGUCGCAGCCAACCACUCCAUCCGCGACUCCUUCCGCGGCCACAGCCUGUGCUGGACCCACAACGUCGACACCGUUCAGGACUCCCUGGACGAAAAGCGCAGCUUCGUCCUCAAGCUCCCCAAGCGCCACCACCACACCAUCCUCCAGCCCUACUUGGACCACGUAACUGCACGUGCGCAGGAUUUCGAGCGUGUCUCGAGGGAAAGAAGGCUGUUCACCAACAAUGGCCACGGCUCCUACGACUCCGGCUGGGUCUCCGUCCCUUUCCGUCACCCUUCCACCUUUGACACUCUGGCACUCGAGCCCCAACUGAAGAAGCAACUAACGGAAGAUCUCACCACGUUUUCCACCGGAAAAGAAUUUUACCACAGAGUAGGGCGUGCUUGGAAGCGGGGCUACUUUCUUUACGGCCCACCCGGCUCCGGAAAGUCAAGCUUGAUCGCUGCCAUGGCCAACUAUCUCUGCUAUGACGUCUACGACCUCGAGCUAACCAAGGUUUCCGACAAUUCCGAACUGCGUGCCUUACUCAUACAAACGACGAACCGCUCCAUCGUAGUGAUAGAAGACAUCGACUGCUCGGUUGAUCUGACGGCGGACAGACUCUCCAAGAAAAGUAGAAAGAGAUCAUCAUCAUCAUCAUCGCCCAUGCCCACCAAGGUCGACGAGGACGACGGGCGGCGUGUGACGCUGUCGGGGCUUCUCAACUUCACCGACGGGCUCUGGUCAUGUUGUGGAGAAGAGAGGAUCAUAGUAUUCACCACCAACCACAGAGAAAACGUGGACCCGGCGCUACUCCGCUGCGGACGCAUGGACGUGCACGUCAGCCUCGGAGCGUGCGGGGCUCACGCUUUUAGGGCCUUAGUAAAGAACUAUCUGGGGCUGGACUCCCACCCGCUUUUCGAGGCGGUGGACAGUUGUGUGAGGUCGGGCGGGGCUCUGACGCCGGCACAGGUCGGGGAGAUUUUGCUCCGAAACCGUGGUGAUGCAAACUUGGCACUCAAGGAGGUGGUGUCGGCCAUGCAAGGAAGGAUUUUGGGUGGCGGGGUCCGAGACUUGACCACAGACUCCGAGGCGGAGACACAAACACUCUUGUUGCGUUCUCCAGAAAGCGUGCUGGUGGGUGGUGGGUCUCCGGAUAAUUGGGUGUCCUCGUCGUCGCCGGGGAGGAAGAAAAGGGUCAAGUUCUUAGUGAGGCUGAGGUCUUUAACCAAGUCGGACUCCGUAAGAAGGGGGGUAUGAUCUGUAUCCAGUCACCUGUCACCCGGUCACCGAUAUCCCUUUCAUUCUCAAGAAGAUAAAUGGAUGGAUAGAUGUUAGCUGAGGAUGUUUAAUUAACACCACACC